AUGAACGCGAGGGUGUUCGGCAACGACGGCGGGGAGACGGUGGUGCUGGCGCACGGGUACGGCGGCACCCGGUUCACCUGGGAGGACGUCGUCCCGGCGCUGGUGGAGAGGUUCCGGGUCGUCGUCUUCGACUGGAGCUUCUCCGGCGCCGCCAAGGACGGCGGCGAGAGGUACUGCUGCUCGUACCACGGCCUGGCCGACGAGCUGGUGGCGCUCAUGGACGAGCUGGGGGUGCGCCGGGCGGCGUUCGUGGGGCACUCCAUGGCCGGCAUGAUCGGCUGCAUUGCGUCCGUCGCGCGGCCGGACCUCUUCAGCCACCUCGUGCUCGUCGGAGCCUCGCCGAGGUACAUCAACGAGGACGGCUACGAGGGCGGCUUCGAGCCCGGUGACGUGGACGCGAUGCUCGCGGCCGCCGGCGCGGACUUCGCGGCGUGGGCGCCGCGCUUCGCGGAGGCCGUCGUCGGGCCGGGCCACCCGUCCGCCGCCGCCAGGUUCGCCAAGCAGCUCGGGGCGAUGCGCCCGGACGCCGCGCUCCGCGUCCUGCGCGCCGUGCUCACCAGCGACCUCCGGGCCGUGCUCCCGGACGUCGCGGCGCGCUGCACCAUCGUGCACUGCGCCCGCGACGCCGUGGCGCCGCUCGCCGUCGCGCGGUACAUGCAGCGCGCGAUGGCCGGGAGCGGCGGCGGCGUCGGGGCGGACACGGUGGUGAUCGAGUCCUCCGGUCACUUCCCGCAGCUCACCGCGCCUAAGGAGUUCGUCAGGGUUGUGGAGACCAUCCUGCUCGACCGCUGA